CGUGGGGAGGGAUUCAGAACGGAGGGAAUGGAGUCAGAGGCCUGCAGGAUCAGAAGUCAGAUCGAGGAGAUGCAGGUUCAAAUCCCCACUAAACCCCCCAUGCACGGGGCUGUUCACUGUUGCAAAAGGGGAGAGUGCCAAGGCAGCAGCCGCCCCUCCCUUCCCGAAGGCCGGGCUCGGAGAAGGAAGAGGCCACGCCCCCUCGACCGCCCAACCUCCCCCCGCCCGUCAGCCGAUGGUCACGUGCCUGCCCGGGAUUCUCUCUCUCUCUCUCUCUCUCUCUCUCUCUCUCUCUGUGCUUUGUGGCCAUUAAGGCGUUGUCCACCCGGGCGAAGAUGCUGUGCGGCGGGGUCAGCUCAGAGGUUAAGCCGGCCACGGCGGAGACCCAGGAGUUGGUGCAAGCGGUGAAGGCAGAGGUGGAAGAGAAGGAAGGGAGGAGCUUUGAUGUCUUCAAGGCAGUGGAGUUUAAAUCACAGCCGGUUGCUGGAAUAAACUACUUUGUAAAGGUCCAAACCAUGUAUGACUUAUAUCUUCACUUACUACCAAAAAGCCUCCCUCAUAAAAAACAGCUCCCAGCCAAAGGCUAUUACCAAACCAACAAAGAAAAGCAUGAGGAACUCUCUUACUUCUAGCGCACUGUCUGGAAGUCUCCUUUCCGAGCAUUGUUUGCUUUGCCAAAUUGAAAAUUACUGUUCGUUCUUAGGGUGCCGGCUCUGGGUUGGGAAACAGCCGGAGAUUUUGGUGGAAGAACCUGGGGAAAGCGGGGUUUGAAGACGAGGGGGAUCUCAGCAGGAUAUAAUGCCAUAGAGUUGACUCUCCCACAUACAAAGCAGCCAUUUUCUCCAGGAGAACUGAUCUCAAUCAUGUGGAGAUCAAUUAAAAUAGCAGAUCUCCUGUCGCCAUCUAGAGACUGGCAAUUCUAUUCAUUCCUCUUACAGCUAUGCCUUAUUUCCGCAAAGCCUUAGCUAUGUACUAAUUGCGCUGAUUCUUGUGACUUAUGGUAAUUAUAUUCAAUACAAUGAUUUUAUAUUCGA